AGCAUAUUGGCUCAAGCCAUCUUAGCUCAACUCACCUGCGGCCUGGCGAUCCCGCGGCGGCCUCUGCGUCAAAGCCCCUCGCCCAGCGCCUCGCCGAUGCAGGCCGCCGCGCUGGGCGACCCGCGGCAAGCGGCCUGCUCGGCGGGCGGCGCGGCCAGUUUCGGCGCCGCCCUGGCCGCUGCAGCAGCAGCCUGGCCGGAGACGCGCAGCAGUGGCCCGGCGGACAGCACCAGCAGCGACGACACCGCCUUCGUCAGGGCCCACGCCGGCUCGGACAGCCCGCACGCCCGGUGGCUCUUGCACGAGAAGUGGCCCGCCCUCGAGCUGAAGGACCUGGCGGAGGCCGAGAGGGCUCGGCGGGGCAGCGCGGCCGCGCGCAGGGCCCGGCAGGGCAGCGCGGCCGCGCGCAGGUACUCGGAGCGGAACGUCCGCAGCUGCAUCAUGCGGGAGAGGAGGUUCUGCGUGGUCACCAGCAGCAUUCUGCUGGCGUGGGCGGACCGCGCGGGCGCCGGCAAGGAGCCGUGCUGGAGCCGGGAGGCGGCGGAGCAGGGCCAGGAGCAGCCGCCCAGCGGCGGCAGCGCCCGGGCGGCCCAGGCGCAGCGGCCGCCGAGCGCGCCCUCGCACCACCGGCUGUCCUGCAAGUUGUCGUUGUAGUUCGGUGGUGGGAAAGGCAGCGCCGAGGGCCGCGAGUUCCACAUCGUCCUCCCCAUAGCGUCCUCCCCUCUGCUGCCGUGUGCGAGGGCGUGUGGGCGCGGCGGGAGGAGGCUGCAGGGCCUCCGGGCUCUGACUGUCGGCCCCGUCCUGUCCUUUCUUGCGAAUCCCUCGCUCCGUCUAUUAUUCCUGCGGCCUUCGUUUCCCCUCCCUCUCUUGUUUGCUGCUGUUCUCGUAUGUGUUCUUGGGUGUGAAGAGAGUUUGUGCCAGGACUCCGCUCUCGCAGCCUCUGGCUGAAGACCAGGUGGAUAUCAUCAUGAAUUUGCACAUGCAGCGGAGGCGCUCGUCAAGGAAUGUGCCUAGGAGGCUUCAAGACCGUUGAGGAUUCCUUAUCCGAUGAGGGCGGGGUGAUAUCCAAUGCCAAGCCUCAAAUGAUGCUCUACCAGGUUUUCAGGCCCUGUGUGCCUAACCCAAUAGCUCUUUUUCCAAUGCCCUCACGGUGCUUCUCACGCUAUGGCUAUCCGGAUUGUGCACUGUGCAAUCUCGGGCCCUUACAUGCGUGCGCCAGAAACAUUGCGCGACUCGGUAUAUUGAUCGGCGCCAUGUUUUGCAUGGUCAUUUCUCUAUCAGGCAUUUGUUCGCACCUUGCGUGUUCUUGCCGUUUUCUGGCGCUUGUCCCUCGUUGGGGGAGGGAGACGUGGAUGAUAAUGGGGAGGGGGGGGGGGGGGAACAGGAGGAUAUGUGAUCAUAGGGGGAGAGCCAUAUUUGGCAUCGCUUGUCUUCCAUAAUGGCGCUGGGCAGAUUGUCUAGACGCGGCGCCUAUCUGCCAUAAUGGUGCCUGUCUUUCAGAAUGUCUUCCUCACGGUCCUCGUCCCAUUUCAUCCUCCUGUCAGCUUCUUGCGGAUGUGUCUCUGCCACGAGACUUGAGCCGGUUUGUCCAAUUAUUUGUGUUUUUCUCUCUCUCUCUCUCUCUCUCUUUUCCUCUCUCUCUCUCUCUAUCUAUAUAUCGAUCCUUCUUUGGUUCUUUCUCUCUCUCUCUCUCUCUCUCGCUCUCUUUCUCCCAGGCGCUCCGCGCCGCCUACACCCUUGGUCGACCGACCAGGUCGGUGUGUUUGUCAGGCGGACGCGUCUCUGCUACGAGACCUUGACGGUGCCUUUUUUUCGUUUUUCUCAUUUAAGGCGCAUACAGUCGUUCCGACUUGGGCGACCGACCAGACCAGCGUGCUCCGUGCGGA